AUGGUUGCUGACUCGACUGAACCUGCAGGGACGCAAUCCUGCCCGCCUCCCGAAUUGCCCCAGCUCGUUGCGGAACAGCACACUCCCAUCCCUGCUCAUGACAAGGAGACCCAGCGUCUGAUUGUCGUUCUCUCCCAUGCCAGCUUGGAAACCUACCGGGCUUCCAGCGGACGCAAUGGCUCCGGUCGUGAUGAGAAGUACUCCCUGCUCAACAGCGAUGAGCACAUUGGUGUCAUGCGUAAGAUGAACCGGGAUAUCAGUGAAGCUCGCCCGGAUAUCACACAUCAGUGCCUGCUCACCCUGCUCGACUCUCCCGUGAACAAGGCGGGUAAGCUGCAGAUCUUCAUCCACACUGCCAAGGGUGUCUUGAUCGAAGUGAACCCGAGCGUGCGCAUUCCUCGUACCUUCAAGCGAUUCGCUGGUUUGAUGGUGCAGCUGCUGCACCGCCUCUCCAUCCGUUCCACCAACUCCCAGGAGAAGCUCCUGAAGGUCAUCAAGAACCCCAUCACCGACCACCUUCCCCCCAACUGCCGCAAGGUGACCCUCAGUUUCGAAGCCCCCGUGGUGCGCACUCGCGACUACAUCGAAUCGCUGGGCCCCAAGGAGAGCGUCUGUAUCUUCGUGGGUGCCAUGGCCAAGGGACAUGAUGACUUUGCCGACUCCUUCAAGGACGACACGAUUUCCAUCAGUAACUACAGCUUGAGUGCCAGUGUCGCAUGCAGCAAGUUCUGCCAUGCCGCCGAGGAGGUGUGGGACAUUGUCUGA